AUGGAAUUUGAGAGAGACGAAGUUUCCAAUCAACACUCAAAGCGGAGCACACGCACAAAACGUGCUCAAUCGCCAUCAAAUUCCGCCUCCAAUCGACACCCAAAGGGGAGAAAACGCACAAAACGAGCUCAAUUUCCAUCAAAUUCAAUUCAAGAUUCAAACUUGACAAUCCCUGCUCUUCCACCAGAACUCAUCACUGAAAUCCUCUCAAGGCUUCCAGUCAAAUCUCUCUUGAAAUUCAGGUCUGUUUCAAAAUCUUGGGUUGCUAUAAUCUCUAGCCCUGAAUUUAUCAAGACCCAUCUCAGCUUAUCAGCUAAUAAAAACAAGGAAGACACGCACCAUAUGCUUAUAUUAGGUCUUAGUGGACCUAAAUGGAAAUUUAAAGAUUGUCCUCUUAGUUCUUUAUUUUGCGACUCUGUUGUUAACGAGGCUUUUGACUUGGUUUAUCCCAUUAAAAAUGCUAGUAAAGAUAUCAGUAUUGUGGGUUCUUGCAACGGAUUGAUUUUGCUUGCCCACUAUUCAGAAUAUUCGUUACUAUGGAAUCCAGCAAUUAGAAAGUGCAAGAAAUUGCCUGAUUUAAGACCUAGAUUGAAGAAAAAUAACUAUGCCGUGUAUGGUUUUGGACAUGAUGAGUUCCAUGAUGAUUAUAAGGUAAUGGGUGUUUUUAAUAAUUAUGGCGGUUCAGAUUACGUUGAGGUCAAAAUGUAUAGUCUAAAGAGUGAUUCUUGGACUAGUGUUGAUUAUUGUGGGGAGAUAUUAAAUGCUUCAGGAUCUUCUCAAAAAAUGAAAUUAAAUAAUUCAGGUUUGUUUGUGAAUGGGAAGCUUCAUUGGGAUACUAUUACUUCUGGUCCAGUUGUGCGUACGGGCAAGAACAUCAUUUCUUUUGAUUUAGCUAAUGAGAAAUGGGAAAAGUUGGAGAAGCCCUCCGGCGUUGGAAAGAAUGAAUUGUGUGUGGGAAUGUUGGGAAGUGAUCUUUCUAUCUUUUGUGAUUAUGAAGAAACUUAUUUAGGUGCUUGGGUUAUGAAGGAGUAUGGGGUUAAAGAAUCUUGGGUAAAGAUGUUUACUAUCGAGUAUCCAAAAGGUCAAUAUUUGUAUCCACCCUUUUUCAUGUCAAGUAAAGGUGAAAUAUUGGUGGUGUUUGGAUCAACUUUCAUGAUAUACAGUUCAAAAGAUCACUCGGUCAGAUACACAUAUGUUACUAACUCUGGUGAUUGUUCUCUUAAUGAAAUCUACAUUGAAAGCUUAGUUUGUCCUUUUUCUACUGAAGGGAGAGAGAACGCAACAAAAGAACGGGAAAAGCUCAGAUCAAAACAAUCGAGUAACAAAUAA